UGGAUUUCUACAUGUUCAUCACCAGUGGAUUAUAAUUAAUAUUAUUCAACAGAUCUGAGAGACAAAUAUCAGAUAUUAGAAGGAACAAGCAUGGAACCUCAUCCACAGAUCUGCAAAGUAAUCAGAUGGCAAGUAAUGUCUAUCUUAUUUUCUUGGCUGUGUCAUUCAGUCUCUGGUCAGAGUCAUUAUUCCAUUGUAGAAGAAAUAAAGAAAGACUCUGUUAUAGCAAAUGUUGCAGAUGACCUUGGAUUAGAUAUUAAGCAGCUCUCAUCUAGAAAUCUGAGAAUUUUGUCACAUAUUUCAGAUAAUUAUUUGUAUGUAAAUCUAGAUAAUGGAAAUAUGUAUAUUAAGGAUAGGAUAGACAGAGAGACAUUGUGUGGGACAGAAGAUUCUUGUUUCUUAACCUUUGAUAUUGUGGUUGAAAAUCCAUUCAAUAUUUUCCAAAUUAAAAUAGAGAUUCAUGAUAUAAAUGAUAAUUCUCCAGUAUUUUACCCUGAUCUAAUUACUGUAGAGACAAUCGAAUUAACAUCACCAGGAACCAGAUUUGCUUUACAAACUGCAGAAGAUCCAGAUGCUGGUUCUAAUUCUGUACAAUCAUAUAAGCUCAGUGACAACCAAUAUUUUACACUGAGUGAAGACAGAAAUCCAGAUGGCAGUAUAUUUCUAGAGCUAAUUCUUGAGAGUUCAUUAGAUAGAGAAUCAAAGAGUCUUCAUGAGCUGAUAUUAACAGCUAUGGAUGGAGGGAAACCUAUGAGAUCUGGAACUGCAUUAAUACGGAUAAUAGUUACUGAUGUUAAUGAUAAUUUCCCAAUAUUCACACAGUCGGUAUAUAAAGUCAGCGUAAAUGAGAAUACAUCAAUAAAUACUGCAAUAAUCACUGUGAAUUCCACGGACAAGGAUGAAGGAAUGAAUGGACUGGUCACCUAUUCUUUUAGCAAAACAUCAGGAAAUGUCCAUCGUACAGGAACAUUCAGUAUUAACUCUGUGACUGGAGAAAUUAAAAUAAAUGAUAAGUUAGAUUUUGAAGUGAUGAGAAAUUAUGAAUUAUCUGUGCAAGCUAAAGAUGGAGGAGGCCUUAUGGCUCAUUGUAAGGUAUUGAUAGAGGUAAUAGACGAGAAUGACAAUUCUCCUGAGAUAUCAGUUAGUUCAUUAUUUAGUCCAAUAAGUGAAGAUUCUGACCCUGGUAAAAUGAUAGCCCUUAUUAAAGUCAAUGAUCAAGAUUCAGGAAAAAAUGGAGAAACUGACUGUAAACUUAUGGAGGAAGGACCUUUCAGUUUGAUAUCAUCCGCUGAGAGUUAUUACCGAAUCGUCACUGCUGGUCCCAUGGACAGAGAAAAGGUAGCUAGCUAUAAUAUCACUAUUUUAGUGACUGAUAGAGGUUCUCCAUCACUGUCUAGUAAAAGAUCUAUCAUCCUGGAAAUAUCAGAUGUUAAUGACAAUCCACCAAUGUUUACUAAAUCCAUCUAUUAUGCUUAUUUACCAGAAAAUAAUUUACCAGGUUCCUCUAUAUACAGCAUACAAGCAUCUGAUCCUGAUACUGGAGACAAUGCAAAAAUAAUUUAUUCCAUUUUUAGCAAUAAUACAGAAAGUCAGGCAUCCUCCUCCUAUCUUUCUAUAAAUACAGAGACUGGAGUCCUUUAUACUCAGAGAUCAUUUGAUUAUGAGAAACAGACUGAGUUUUUUAUACAAGUCACUGCUAAGGACAAUGGAUCACCAUCUCUAAACAGCAAUGCUACAUUAAUUAUCCAUAUAGUGGAUCAGAAUGAUAAUGCACCGAAAAUCUUAUAUCCUUCGAUUGACAGUAGUGGAAUGGCAGCAUUUGAAAUGGUGCCUUUUGAUUUUGAACCUGGUUCCUUAAUAACUAAGGUGGUUGCCAUAGACAUAGACUCUGGGCACAAUGCUUGGCUCUCUUAUCAUUUUCUACAAGAAUCAGAACCAUCUUAUUUUGUCAUCACUCAGCAUACUGGGGAAAUAAGGACAUCACGUAUUUUUCAACAGAAGGAUACACUGAAUCAUAAAAUAGUAGUGAUGGUGAAGGACAACGGACACCCCUCUCUCUCAUCUAUGGUUACUAUAAAACUCAUUGUUGCCAACAAUUUUCAGGAGGUGGUUCCCAGGUUUAGUGAGAAACUCCCUGAUGAGGAGCCUCAGUCUAAUUUACAGUUAUACUUAGUCAUCACCCUUGCACUUAUUUCGUUCCUGUUUAUAAUAACUAUUAUGUUGGUUAUUAUAUCAAAAUGUAAGUCUAGACCACUUCAAGCAUUUGAUCCUCUAUGUUCAACCCUAUAUCCUCCCAUUGAUCCCAGAAUGAUUUCUCAGUAUGGAAAUGGAACAUUGACUCUACCUUAUUCAUACAAUGUCUGUGUGGCUUUAGAAUCUGGUGAAAGUGACUUUACUUACAUGAGACAAAAUCAAGAUAUCCCUAUAGAAAAUCAAAUUUAUGCUGAGGAUUCUGGAUUAGGGACUGAGAGCUUGCAAAACAAUUUUCCUUCAAGCAGUCCUAUAGAGGUGAGUAAGGCUCUGUGA